CUCCCGACGAAAACUCGAAAAGCCCUGUGCGCGCUCUGAGCUGAGGAAAUUUUACCUGACCUGACUGAUCGAGCUUUCCAGCUCCAGCGUCCGCGACAGAUCGAAACACAGCACAGCCACUCGGAGCUAUCAGCAAGCCACAAGUGACUCUUUACAAUAGCAGUCGGGUAGUAAGCUUCAAGCUAAGUCCGGCUUCCGUACGUUGUCCGGCCACCUACCGUCUACUGCUGUACUGCAUGGCUUUGUUCGCGGUCCAGGCUGCAUCGACAUCCCAGUCGUCGUCUUCUUCGCCGGCGGUUCUUCAGCAGUCGCCGUUGCCCUCGAGGCGGGCGGCCGCGGCGGCGGUGAAGAAGAUGCCGCAGCGAAAGAAGGCUGCGGCGGUCGUCAGGGCGGUCGCCGCGCCGCCGCCGGCUCCGCCUGUACCGGGGCCGCCCAAGCCAGCUGGCGAGCGGUGCCGCCUGCCGGUGUCGCAGACCAUGUCCAGGCUCAAGGCGCAGGGCAAGACGGCGUUCAUCCCGUACAUCACCGCCGGCGACCCUGACCUGGCGACGACGGCAGAGGCGCUGCGGCUCCUGGACGCCUGCGGCGCCGACGUCAUCGAGCUGGGCGUGCCCUUCUCCGACCCCUACGCCGACGGGCCGGUCAUCCAGGCCUCGAUGGCGCGGGCGCGGACGACGGGCGGCGGCGCGACGCCGGACGGCGUGCUGGCGAUGCUGAGGGAGGUGACGCCGGAGCUGUCCUGCCCGGUGGUGCUCUUCUCCUACUUCAACCCCAUCGUGCGGUGGGGCCUGCCCGGCUUCGCCGCCGCCGUCAAGGAUGCGGGUGCACACGGCCUAAUAGUGCCUGAUCUGCCUUACGCGGACACGUGUGCACUGAGGAGUGAAGCCAUCAAGAACGACCUCGAGCUGGUGCUGCUUACGACGCCAGCUACACCGGAAGAGAGGAUGAAGGAGAUCACAGAAGCUUCCGAAGGCUUUGUUUACCUUGUGAGUGUCAAUGGAGUUACAGGUUCCCGUGCAGACGUGAACACGCGUGUCGAGUCUCUCAUUCAGGAGGUUAAACAGGUCACUGAUAAACCUGUGGCUGUUGGAUUUGGCAUCUCCAAGCCUGAGCAUGUAAAACAGAUUGCAGAGUGGGGUGCGGAUGGAGUGAUCAUUGGGAGUGCGAUGGUGAAGCAGCUGGGUGAAGCAACAUCUCCCAAAGAAGGGCUCAAAAGGCUAAAGGAAUAUGCAAGGAGCAUGAAGAAUGCACUGCAAUGAGUAUAGUACUUAAUAAACAUGUUGAUGCUAUUUUUAAUGUAAAUUUGUUCGGAAACGGGACAAUUCAUAAGCUACAGUGCAACACAAUAUUUAUAAAGGAGGUAUACUAUAUUAACAA